GCAACAUUCACCCUUCCUCCGCCAACACCUGUACAAGCCUCUACAAUAACAACUAAAUAUGUUUAAGGUGGCGGCGAUAAUGGUGCUGGCAGUGGGUGUGGCUCUGGCCUUCCCCUCAGACUCCUACAAAUCGGACCCCAUCCCCUACAACUAUGCCUACGGUGUUAAGGACGAAUACGCCGGCACUGACUUCGGCCACAGUGAGAACUCUGACGGCUCCACAGCAAAGGGCUCGUAUAACGUAGUCCUUCCUGAUGGCCGCAUACAGACAGUGACCUACGUGGCUGACCACUUCGGCGGCUACCAGGCUCAGGUGAGCUACCAGGGAGAGGCUCAGUACCCCCACGAAUCUGGUACCCCAGUCACCUUCAAGCCUCAAGCGUCCUACCAGCCCCAGAACUCGUACUCAUAAGACUCCCGUGUUGACUUGUUAUUUAAAUACUUCCUCUUCUAGUCACUUCUGUAGGUGUGAUAAUUAAAGUGUAUGAUUAAC